AGAAGACACGCUUGGCCGCUUUCGUGCUAGACUGAACGCGUACCCGCGGCCAUCUUUCCACGAAGUCUGAAUAAGAACCGCUGCGUCAACGUUGACCGGAUAACCAUGGAACGCCUAGUCCCCGCUAUUGUCGUCUCAUUCGAUACCAUGGCCGUUGUGCCUUCCGGUCAUAGUAACACAUGCGGAGAUGGGAUGUGGAGGGGCGGCCUCCGAGAUGAACAUCCCCACCUACACGCGCUGUCAGCUCUCCAGUCGCGACUCCAGGUUCAGGUAAAGCCUUGAAGCUGUGUUCUGGGGUUUGAGUAUUACGAACUCGAUACCACAAACUACUUUGUGCUCACAAGUUAAUCGUCCUCUGAUACCAAUAAAGCUCUCCUUCACACAAUGGCAGACAAUUACGCUUCGCAUUUCAGCGUGAACAACAUCCCAUACGGGAUUGCAAGCUCGUCGAAACGCCACGCACCACAAUGCGCGACACGAAUUGGUGAUGAAGUCAUCUUCCUGGCAGAGCUCGCGGAGCACGACUCUUUUAAGGCCAUCGCAGCACCGCUAUGGUCCAUCUUCCGCGAACCCACACUGAACACGUUCGCCGCUCUAGGGAAGGACAUUCAAAGUGAAGUGCGUUCUGCAGUACGAGAAGCAUAUAAUAGCAAGUCAUAUGCCAAAUACUCGGAAAACAUCAGCGAUGUUACCCUCCAUAUGCCAGUACAUAUUGGAGACUUCACAGACUACAGUGCUUCUGCCAACCACGUUCUCAACGCAGGAGAAGCAGUAAUGGGAGUCCGUUCUUAUCCUCCAGCCUUCAAAAAGUACCCCGUUGGCUACGCGGGUCGGUCGAGUUCGAUCACUGUGUCAGGAGCGCCCGUCAUGAGACCUUUGGGUCAGUUCAUCGAAGACUACACUGUUCCAGAUAAGAAGAUUAUCUUUGGACCAUCGCGGGGUUUGGAUUACGAGAUGGAGAUUGCUGCAGUCAUUGGCAAACCUGUAGAAGCUGGGACUUACCUGAACGCGAAAGAUGCCGACGACCACAUAUUUGGCCUAGUUCUGUUGAACGACUGGAGCGCAAGAGACAUUCAGGGCUUGGAAAUGAACCCCUUAGGCCCAUUCAACGGAAAGAACUUUAUGACUUCAAUCACGCCUUGGGUUGUUACGCUAGAAGCAUUGAAGCCUCAUGAAGUCUCGGCCCCGCCCCGUAUGGAGCCUGUAGCCUCUUUUAUGGACGACCCCAAAAGUAUCAACUACAAUAUCCAGCUCGAAGGUCAGAUCAUCCGAAACGGUAAUCAGACUACGACAUGUAAGGUUGGCUUCGAAACAAUGUACUGGACCUUCAGACAUAUGUUAGCGCACCAUACUAUUGGCGGAUGUUCACUCCGGACAGGAGAUCUGAUCGCCAGCGGAACAGUUUCUGGUGAACAGGACCAUGAACACGGAUGUUUGCUCGAGUUGACAAAGAACGGCAAGGCUCCAAGCAAAUUGAGCGAUGGAUCUGAGCUACGCUACCUUAACGAUGGGGAUGAAGUUCGCUAUAUCGGUGUGGUUGGCGAUGGAGGGGCUGGAGUCGGAUUUGGAGCGUGCAUUGGCACCGUAAAGCCUGCCCAGAAAAUAUAGAAGCGUCUAGCCAUUUUCCGAGUGGCGAUCACUAUAGCUUUCGGCUGAGCAAGGGGUGAGACAUAAUGGUUGUACAGUCUGAGUGGGGUUGACCAAUGUUCAGCUGCAUCCUGAUUCAACAAUUGGUUGGCAAGCGUGGUACAU